GUAUUUUAACUCCUUGCAGUGUGAAUGUUUUCUUGUUUGCUACCUUUCAGACGUGAACAUGGUUAUUUCUGCACCUGCCGGAAGUGGGAAAACAGUACUUUUUGAACUAUGCAUUUUGAGGCUUCUCUCACGGUUCAUAUCCACUGAGGGUGUAUAUGUACAUGCAAAGGGGUCUCUGAAGGCUGAUAUUGUGGAUGCUGACAUAAUUCUUACCACUUCUGAGAAGUUUGAUGAUGUGACUCGAUAUCACAUUAAAGUUGGAGGCCUGAGCUUUUUCAGUGACAUUGCUCUGGUACAAAAAUAUUAAUGACCUCGCAGAGUGGCUUAUGGUUCCUCAUCAUGGAAUUAAAAAGUUUGGCGAAGAAAUGAGACCAGUGAAG